CCCAAAUCCAGUAGCAAAAUAUCCUAUCCUCCUUUCUUCCAGAACCUUCCACUCCUUCCCUCUAAAUAUCCCCCAACCGCCGCCAUUUUCCCUCAAAAUCCCCAAAUAUAGCAACACCUACUUUCAUCGAAACAGAACUAAUCAUCUGAAGGGAAAACAAAUGGAAACUGUAAUAGUGAAGCUCGAAGAAGAGGCGCCCUCGCCGAUGGAGAGAUUGCACGAGGUGGGUCCACCUCCGUUCUUGACGAAGACGUUUGAGAUGGUGGAAGACCCGUCCACUGACACGGUGAUUUCGUGGAGCUCGACGAAGAACAGCUUCAUCGUUUGGGAUUCUCACCAGUUCUCCACCACCAUCCUUCCUAGGCAUUUCAAGCACAGCAAUUUCUCCAGCUUCGUUCGGCAGCUCAAUACUUAUUCAAAGAGUUGCACUUAGUGGCUGAGGAGACAGAAAAACCAUUGGUGAUUGAUGACUUCUACUGGCAAUUAUAUCAUUGGGAGAAAGAAGAAAAGUUAGGUCAUUUCUUCUGUUUUCAACUCUUAAAUUUGCUAAUCAUUUCUAGCUCUUAUAUAUGUAUAUCUUCUAUAAUAUUAUAUAUCCUAAAUAAAUAAUCUAUUUUCCCACAAGCAGGGUUUUCGCAAAGUGGAUCCAGAUAGAUGGGAAUUCGCAAAUGAAGGGUUUCUAAGUGGGCAGAGACAUCUACUCAAAACUAUCAGGAGGAGGAGGAAUGUUGCCCAUAGUGUGCCGCACCAUGUAGCCGGUCCAUGUAUAGAGAUAGGGUAUUUUGGCAUGGAAGAAGAGCUAGAGAGAUUAAAGAGGGACAGGAACCUGUUGGUGACUGAAAUCGUUAAACUAAGACAGCAACAGCAGAACUCUAGGGUUCAAAUCACCGCAAUGGAGGAGAGGAUAGGGAACGCCGAGAGGAAGCAGCAUCAAACAAUGAAUUUCUUAGCUAAAAUAUUCACUAACCCUUCUUUUCUCCAGCAAUAUCUUGAAAAGUACGGUGACGGGAAAGAUCAACAGCGCAUAGAGAUUGGUCAAAAGAGGAGAUUGACAAUGUCACCACAACCAAGUGCAGAGAACUUGCAAGAUGUUGCUAACUCGGCUGCAAUGGAAGGAGGUGAUCGGUUAGAUGCUGAGCUGGCAAUGGAGACUGAGAUAGAUGGGUUGUUUUCUACUGCACUGAUGGACAAUGGGUCAAGCAGUGUCAUGGAGCCUCUGUCAUCUUUUGCAUCUACAAGUGGUGCUGAAAAUGAUGAUGUCCCAGACAGCAUAUGGGAGGAACUGAUGUUAGGUGAAGCACUCUCUAGUCAUCAAGUGGAACAAGUGUUGGUAGGCAAUGAAUCAGAAGCUAAUGUGGAGAUUGAAGAUUUGGUUGUAGAGGAGACACCAGAAUGGAGCAGUGACUUUCAAGAUCUUGUUGACCAUAUGGGGGAGUAUCUUAAGUCACAUCCUUGAGUAUUUCUGAAUCUCCCCUCUACACAUUUCAUUAUUUUUCUGUUUUUGGUAUGGUCAUUUUUGUUUCUCACAUUCAUUCUACCUAGUUUUGCAUCACUGCAUGUACUGCCAACAUUGCAGGUUUGGUUUAUUUCCGUGUUAUAUGUGCAUUGAUCUCCAGGAGAUCAAACAUUCAUUCGAUCUUUGUAUCAUUCUAUAUAUUUAAUAAUGGCUGCAGUUCAAGCAGCAUUCUUAAUUGAUCUGUUUGUUUAAGUCAAUUAAGUGUUUUGAUCCAUGGCUCCAUUUUGCAGGUUAGGAAGAUGCCACUAUCAACUUUUUGAAGACUAAAGUAAUAUUUGACCGAACUAAAUGUUGUCAGUUUUGUGUUUCAUAGUGGGAGGAGGAACUUGUCCCCAUACAUAGUGGAAGUUACUAACUAGCAGUCUAGCAGUGGUUAACACUAUUGUAAAUUCAUUUUUGGGGUGUUAACUUCCAUGUGUUAUUCUAAAUCUAGUACAAUAUAUUAAAUUCAAUGAGAAUUGAGGAGUAACUUUUUUUUUUUACAUUUUACGGAUACUUGGAAACAUCAUUUUGUCCAGAAAUUGAGAUAUGCUAAAUUGAAAUUAUGCUUCUGCCUUUGAAA